AUGAAUAAGGAUAUGUAUGUGAGCAAAAAGGACAAAGAGAAGGUUGUUGGACCUAUUUCUAGAAUUGCUUUUGUUAUGGUGGAACCUGUCACCAUUGGUCAAGAAAUGGAAAAUAGAAGAUUAAAGCCGUAUCUACAAAAAGGAAAAUAUGAUGAGGGACUUAUGAAUAACAAGGGCAAGCAAAAGAGAAGAAGAAUGGACAAAGUCAAAAGAAGGAAAAGAAUGAUGCCGAUGGAACUCGGUAGAAUAGCAAGGAGAAGGGAAAAACAAUUUGUUAACUUCUCCAAGGGACAACAGACCCAGCGGCUAAUGAGACUAGUCACUAUGUUUUCUCUCGAGGUUGUGUUUGUUUGA